AUGACACUGAAGUGGACGCCCAAUCAGCUGAUGAAUGGCGCUGUGGGAGACCUGGACUAUGAGCACAGGUGUGGAGAGCAAUUCACUAAUGAUCAUAUCUCUCACUUAUGUACAUCAAGAUGGCACAACAGGGUGAUGAAUGUUUAUAGGAACACCAUACACAACCUGUGUGUUUAAGUUGAUGUCUACAGUUGGUGCAGCGGUUCAGUGUGACUGAAUCAUGUAGCGUGUCUGUCUGAGUGUUACUCAGGAGGUCUCUGUGUCCUGAGGUCAACUCUGGAGAGGGGAGUAUGAUGAGGGUUGUUUUUAGGGACAGCAGGGGACAUGUUCUUGCAUACUUCAAGGCAACCAGUCAUAUAAUUUUAGUGACUGGUUCUUAGCCCGUAGAGUUGUCUGCUGUGUAUCGCUUAAGCUUUUAUUAAAGAGCACUUUUGGGAACAGCAAACACUCUACCUACUUAUGCAAAAUACUGAACCCCAACUUAAAUCGUUUCUACGUUCAGUUACACAGAUUGUAUUCAGAGAGACAUACAACACACAUAUCCCUAUGGCCAUCUUUGUUGUUUAACUCAGUGUGACAAGGUGAGUAAUGUCUCAAUAACUCCGGCUUUGAUUCCAUCUCUUUCAGUGUGUACUGGGACUAUGCUAUGACCAUCCGUCUGGAGGAGAUUGUUUAUUUGCACUGUCAUCAGCAGGGUAGGUCCACCAACGGAGGCUAGUGGAGGGAGACAUUGGGAGGACAGGCUCAUUGUAAUGUCUGGAUUGUAAUCGGCGCAUCUUGUAUGGUGCUCAACUGCUAGCUACUGCUAUCAACAACAGCGAGUUCUGGUUCAUUUACAGAGUUGUUAAUAUCAUUUUUGAUUUUUACCAAAAAUGCUGUAAUAAGACAUUUAAAAGGUCCAUAAAAGGUAUAACAUUUUCUCUGCAGUGGACAGUGGGGGCACGGUGGUGCUGGUGAGCCAGGACGGCAUCCAGAGACCCCCGCUGCGCUUCCCCAGAGGGGGGCACUUGCUCCAGUUCCUCUCCUGCCUGGAGAACGGCCUCCUGCCCCACGGCCAGCUGGACCCUCCGCUCUGGUCCCAGAGGGGAAAGGUCAUCCCUAUUUCAUUUGAUUAUUACAUUGUUUGACAAAUCUUGAGUUAUUAUGGCUCCAUGUACGUGUGUUAGUACAUGUGUUAGACUGCUUAAAGCCUAUAUAAUUUCUACUGGGCAGAAUAAAUCAUGAAAACCACCCACACAAGGCUGCUUUAAGCCAGAGCUUAUUACGUAUGGCUUAUAUAAGCAGUCCUUCUGUUUGGUGAAAGUGUGGAUGUUUUACAAAUCUAGGUUAUUUAAAGACCCUGUGCGAUCAAAAUCGUCAUUUAAAAAAUGUCUUAAUUAACAAAGAAUGCUGUUAAUCAUUUUAGAUUUUUUUUUUUGACAUUUACUGUCUCUAACAUUCCCCUAAUUUCUGAUUACAGGGGAAGGUGUUUCCUAAACUGAGAAACAGGUGUUCACAGGGAUCCUCGGACUCUGUGUCUGAUAAGGAGGAGGACGAGGCCACGGACUAUGUCUUCCGCAUCCUGUUCCCCAACAGCCAAUCAGAAUUUGGUAAGUGACCUCGACCCCUCGUGUGAUCACUUCAGGUGGCCUUGGAGUGAUGUUUUUUGUUUUAAAAAAAUCAAACUGUCCUCAUUGUCCAUUCCAGUGACUAUAACCCACCCUUCCCGUCUUCCCCCGGGGGCUCCUCUCCUGUCCCGCUCCUUCUCCCACUACCUGAGAGGACAGCCCCCAACCAAAGGGACCCUGGUGGUCCCUAAGCGCUCCUGCAGCUGUCCCGGAGAACUCACCACAGGGAACAGCUGUAACGUUACCACACCUCAGCUUCUCCGUCUGUCUGUCCGUCCACUUGCUUUGCUUCAAUCACUGCCUCUCCCUCUGUCUCCUUCCUGCAAAGCUUAUAAAUGAGUCUCCUAAUCAAGCGCUCUCUGUCCCCUUUCCUUAACCUCAGUCCCUCUUGGACAAUCGGUGGACGAUUGACUGGCCGCUGGCCUUCCAAUUGAAAAAACACAACGUUAUUUCGAGGUACACAGUGGUUUACAGUAGUAGCAAAAGCAAAUAUUGAGCAAGCAAAUUGUCACGCUUAGGGCCGAAUUCUAACUUCAGAUGCACACACUUAACAUAAACAUUUUGUAUUAAUCAUGCCUUGAUGUCAAUGGAAGAUUUGCCUGAGAACUUGAGUUAGCAUGUGCCCACAAAGAGAAUAGAGAAACAUAAAGACCAAUAAGAAUGUGUCCUCAUUACCAUGCCAACAGACCGUUGUUCACCCUCCGCAGAUUGAAAUGCCUUGAUUCCCCAAAUGUCAUUGUUGAUGUGCUUGAUUUGCUCUCUAACGUCACCUCUAUGGCAGUUAUUAACCCGUCCUCUAAUCUAGUGACAGAUCUAGCCCAAUCUGUCUAAUUCAGCUGGGAUCGUGUCUUGAGAAUUAUCUCCAGAGGUGUCCAAAUCAUGACGGGACCAUGUGAUUCUGGCUGGGAGUUUGAACCUGUGCAGUUACAGUAGAGCACAGAGUUUCAGACCAGGGUCAAAUACAUAUACUGAUGUAGGAUCUUUAUUUGAUUACACUGUUGCAAAAGAACCUUCUUGCAAUGCAGGACAUUUAAAACUGGUAGUGUAUUUGAGGUUUAAAAAAUACUUCUAAAGUUGGUAAUUUCCACUUUAAAAUUUCAGACUUGAUUUUCCCUUACAAAAAAUUUAUCAACCCCUACAAAAUGUCUAUUAAUUAUAAUCGGAUGCCUGAAGAAGUCCUAAGGGACAAAACAUAUCAAUAAAAUCACCUAGAAGCAUGAACAGCAGUGUGCAGCGUUUUCCUUUUUAUUUUUCAUGAGUUCACCUAUCUCCAGCACCUGCAAAAAAGUAGCUGGAUGUGCGUAUGGUCUUUAGAUUUUGUACAUUAAUUAUAAUCCACAUAAUAAUUCAAAUGUCCUGUUUCUGCAGGAUUAUUUUCUUGCUGUAGCAAACUGUCCCAAAUUAAGAUCCUACAUCUGUAUGUCAAAUACUUUCAAAUACUUGAGCUAUGCUUGAUUUAGUUUGCCCAGUACAAUGGCAACUCCAAGCUAAAUCAAGUACGCCUCAAAUUAGGGUUGGGCGGUAUCCAGAUUUUCAUACCGUCAUACCGUUUCUGUACCAUACCGGGGUAUACGGUAUUACCGGAAGUAGACCCAAAAACGAUAUAAAAGCAAAAAAAGAAAUGUCCCUUUUUCAGGACCCUGUCUUCCAAAGAUAAUUCGUAAAAAUCCAAAUAACUUCACAGAUCUUAAUUGUAAAGGGUUUAAACACUGUUUCCCAUGCUUGUUCAAUGAACCAUAAACAAUUAAUGAACAUGCACCUGUGGAACGGUCAUUAAGACACUAACAGCUUACAGACGGUAGGCAAUUAAGGUCACAGUUAUGAAAACUUAGGACACUAAAGAGGCCUUUCUACUGACUGAAAAACACCAAAAGAAAGAUGCCCGGGGUCCCUGCUCAUCUGCAUGAACGUGCCUUAGGCAUUCUGCAAGGAGGCAUGAGGACUGCAGAUGUGGCCAGGGCAAUAAAUUGCAAUGUCCGUACUGUGAGACGCCUAAGACAGCGCUACAGGGAGACAGGACGGACAGCUGAUCGUCCUCGCAGUGGCAGACCACGUGUAACAACACCUGCACAGGAUCGGUACAUCCGAACAUCACACCUGCGGGACAGGUACAUGAUGGCAACAGCAACUGCCCGAGUUACACCAGGAACGUACAAUCCCUCCAUCAGUGCACAGACUGUCCGCAAUAGGCUGAGAGAGGCUGGACUGAGGGCUUGUAGACCUGUUGUAAGGCAGGUCCUCACCAGACAUCACCGGCAACAACGUCGCCUAUGGGCACAAACCCACCGUCGCUGGACCAGACAGGACUGGCAAAAAGUGCUCUUCACUGGCGAGUCGCGGUUUUGUCUCACCAGGGGUGAUGGUCGGAUUCACGUUUAUCGUCGAAGGAAUGAGUGUUACACCGAGGCCUGUAAUCUGGAGUGGGAUCGAUUUGGAGGUGGAGGGUCUGUCAUGGUCUGGGGCGGUGUGUCACAGCAUCAUCGGACUGAGCUUGUUGUCAUUUCAGGCAAUCUCAACGCUGUGCGUUACAGGGAAGACAUCCUCCUCCCUCAUGUGGUACCCUUCCUGCAGGCUCAUCCUGACAUGACCCUCCAGCAUGACAAUGCCACCAGUCAUACUGCUCGUUCUGUGCGUGAUUUCCUGCAAGACAGGAAUGUCAGUGUUCUGCCAUGGCCAGCGAAGAGCCCGGAUCUCAAUCCCAUUGAGCACGUCUGGGACCGGUUGGAUCGGAGGGUGAGGGCUAGGGCCAUUCCCCCCAGAAAUGUCAGAGAACUUGCAGGUGCCUUGGUGGAAGAGUGGGGUAACAUCUCACAGCAAGAACUGGCAAAUCUGGUGCAGUCCAUGAGGAGGAGAUGCACUGCAGUACUUAAUGCAGCUGGUGGCCACACCAGAUACUGACUGUUACUUUUAUUUUGACCCCCCCUUUGUUCAGGGACACAUUAUUCAAUUUCUGUUAGUCACAUGUUUGUGGAACUUGUUCAGUUUAUGUCUCAGUUGUUGAAUCUUGUUAUGUUCAUACAAAUAUUUACACAUGUUAAGUUUGCUGAAAAUAAACGCAGUUGACAGUUUGAGGACGUUUCUUUUUUUGCUGAGUUUAUAUAUUAUUAUGGUAUUGAAAAUCAUACCUUCGGUAUUUCGAAAUACCCCGGUAAACGGUAUAUCGCCCAAGCCUACCUGAAAUAUUUUCAAGUAUUUUAUUUAUGUAUUUGACGUGGGUCUAAUGUGUUUCAAACCUCAUACUGUGUGCUAACCAUGGGAUGUGUGUGUGUGUAUGUGUGUUGUUCUGUGGUGCAGUGGCCCCAGAGCUGAUGGACCAGGAGGCCAACAUGUGGCAGCCCACAACCAGGAAGUCCUCCUGCUCGUCCUGUACCCAGGGCAGCUUCUCAGACGGAGGGCCUCCUAAUGGGUGCAACCAUGAAAGGUCAGAGACAGACACACACACUGCUGGUUACCCAGACAUCAUCCCUGGCCUUUACCGAUCCCACUGGCCUGAGAAGGAUACAAGAUCCCCAGACUCCGGUUCAAAUACUACUUGAAAUCUUUCAAAUACUUUGGCCAUUUCCUUUAGCCUGCCUGGAGUGCCAGGGGGGCGGGGUACGCACUUUCCAGACUUUUCUAUUGGUUCCAUUGCAAUAGGCACGCUUAAUCAAGCACAGAUAUAAUAUUUUAAACUAUUACAUGUUGAUGUUGUAGUGCAUGCAUUUAUCUCAUCGUUUGAAAUGUACUGUUUUAUUACGCAAUUACGGUUUUGAUGUCCUUGUGAAUGAAGGACAUCUAUUGAAUUCAUAUUGUAAUUAAUUUGAGGUAAUAUUUCAUAAAUAAUCGGGAACACUGGACAGUUACUUUAAGAUGUUCUUGUGAAUGGAGAAUAGUGACUGUUUGGGUUAAAAAUGAAAGUCUUGGACAUGUUUAAGAGGAAGUGGAGCCAGUAUGGAGGACACUUUGACUUGUGUGCUGUUUCCCUAUGCAGAGCCCCUUUGAAGCUGCUGUGUGACCAAAUGAAGCAUCAGAUCAUCUCCCGGGCGUUCUAUGGCUGUAUGUGAUUGUGAACACAACUCUUCUAUCUUCUGUCCCCCUUGAUGAUUUGCAAUGGAUUUUAAUUUAAAACAGCUCAUCAAUUAGUCUAGAAUCCAACUAUUAAUUAAAUGUCAGACGUGUGAUCGCCUUAUUUAGAUACUCUAUCACAUAAAAUCUCAGAAGGAGGAUAAUUUGAUAGCGGUUGUGUUUUUGUAUUCCAGGGCUGGCUUAUUGUCGUCACCUGUCCACCGUACGUACACACCUCUCGGCCCUGGUCAACCACACCAUCGUGGCGCCCGACACGCCCUGCGAUGCCUUCGGGGGCCUCACUGCCGAGGUGUGGCAGAGGUUCCUUCAGGACUGCACCGUAAGCAGCAUCACCGUCACAUCAUUAGCAGUGUCGCUAAGGUUGUCACUUUAGUCAUCACACACACACUGUGCAGUACCAGACAGUCCAAGCCCCCUGGUGACGAGAUACGCACACACACACAGACACACACACACUCAUCUGUAUUCAUCCGUUAAUCAUCACAUUGCUCCCACAUUCUUAGUCACACAACCAACCGUAUGCAAGCGUGACUAAUGCCCUGCCAGUCAGCGUAACAACAGCACACAUUUUCAUUGGAGGGAUUUUGUUGAAUAAUCAACCAAUGGGAGGGAUUCAGUUGACUCAUAAUCUCUCUAGUUCAUCCAUGUGUGUCCAAUCUGUGUUUGUAGAGUUCUACUGGCUGUAGUCAAUCUUGACAUUUUUCUCACAAUUGUAGUUAAGUAUUAUUCAUUAUUAAACAGGGGAUUAGGGCCCACACUGACAUCCAGUGGUACACAACCAUUCUGCACGUUGAUUGAUCAAAUCAAAUCAAAUGUUAUUUGUCACAUGCGCUGAAUACAACAGAUGUAGACCUUACCGUGAAAUGCUUACUUACAAGCCCUUAACCAACAAUGCCGUUUUAAGAACAAUAAAAGUUACGAAAAUAUUUACUAAAUAAAGUAAAAAGUAAAAGAGUAACAAUAAAAUAACAAUAACGAAGCUAUAUACAGGGGGUACCAGUACAGAGUCAAUAUGCGGGGGUACAGGUUAGUCGAGGUAAUUGAGGUAAUAUGUACAUGUAGGUAGGGGUAAAGUGACUAUGCAUAGAUAAUAAACAGUGAGUAGCAGCAUUGUAAAAAAGGGUGGUCAAUGCAAAUAGUCCAGGGAGCCAUUUGAUUAACUGUUCAGCAUUUUUAUGGCUUGGGGGUGGAAGCUUUUAAGAAGCCUUUUGGACCUAGACUUGGCGCUCCGGUACCGCUUGCCGUGCGGUAGCAGAGAGAACAGUCUAUGACUAGGGUGGCUGGAGUCUUUGGCAAUUUGUAGGGCUACUGGAGGGAUACUGGUGAAGAAUUUAGUAGCUUGCGAAAGUAUUCACCCCCCUUUGCAUUUUUCCUAUUUUGUUGCCGUACAACCUGGAAUUAAAAUGGAUUUUGGGGGGUUUGUAUCAUUUGAUUUACACAACAUACCUACCACUUUGAAGAUGCAAAACAUAUUUUUUUGUGAAACAAACAAGAAAUAAGACAAAAAAACAGAAAACUUGAGCGUGCAUAACCCCCCCCCCCCCCCCCCCCCCCCCAAAGUCAAUACUUUGUAGAGCCACCUUUUGCAGCAAUUACAGCUGCAAGUCUCUUGGGGUAUGUCUCUAUAAGCUUGGCACAUCUAGCCACUGGGAUUUUUGUCCAUUCUUCAAGGCAAAACUGCUCCAGCUCCUUCAAGUUGGAUGGGUUCUGCUGGUAUACAGCAAUCUUUAAGUCAUACAGUGGGGAAAAAAAGUAUUUAGUCAGCCACCAAUUGUGCAAGUUCUCCCACUUAAAAAGAUGAGAGAGGCCUGUAAUUUUCAUCAUAGGUACACGUCAACUAUGACAGACAAAAUGAGAAAAAAAAUUUCCAGAAAAUCACAUUGUAGGAUUUUUAAUGAAUUUAUUUGCAAAUUAUGGUGGAAAAUAAGUAUUUGGUCAAUAACAAAAGUUUCUCAAUACUUUGUUAUAUACCCUUUGUUGGCAAUGACACAGGUCAAACGUUUUCUGUAAGUCUUCACAAGGUUUUCACACACUGUUGCUGGUAUUUUGGCCCAUUCCUCCAUGCAGAUCUCCUCUAGAGCAGUGAUGUUUUGGGGCUGUCGCUGGGCAACACAGACUUUCAACUCCCUCCAAAGAUUUUCUAUGGGGUUGAGAUCUGGAGACUGGCUAGGCCACUCCAGGACCUUGAAAUGCUUCUUACGAAGCCACUCCUUCGUUGCCCGGGUGGUGUGUUUGGGAUCAUUGUCAUGCUGAAAGACCCAGCCACGUUUCAUCUUCAAUGCCCUUGCUGAUGGAAGGAGGUUUUCACUCAAAGUCUCACGAUACAUGGCCCCAUUCAUUCUUUCCUUUACACGGAUCAGUCGUCCUGGUCCCUUUGCAGAAAAACAGCCCCAAAGCAUGAUGUUUCCACCCCCAUGCUUCACAGUAGGUAUAGUGUUCUUUGGAUGCAACUCAGCAUUCUUUGUCCUCCAAACACAACGAGUUGAGUUUUUACCAAAAAGUUCUAUUUUGGUUUCAUCUGACCAUAUGACAUUCUCCCAAUCCUCUUCUGGAUCAUCCAAAUGCACUCUAGCAAACUUCAGACGGGCCUGGACAUGUACUGGCUUAAGCAGGGGCACACGUCUGGCACUGCAGGAUUUGAGUCCCUGGCGGCGUAGUGUGUUACUGAUGGUAGGCUUUGUUACUUUGGUCCCAGCUCUCUGCAGGUCAUUCACUAGGUCCCCCCGUGUGGUUCUGGGAUUUUUGCUCACCGUUCUUGUGAUAAUUUUGACCCCACGGGGUGAGAUCUUGCGUGGAGCCCCAGAUCGAGGGAGAUUAUCAGUGGUCUUGUAUGUCUUCCAUUUCCUAAUAAUUGCUCCCACAGUUGAUUUCUUCAUACCAAGCUGCUUACCUAUUGCAGGUUCAGUCUUCCCAGCCUGGUGCAGGUCUACAAUUUUGUUUCUGGUGUCCUUUGACAGCUCUUUGGUCUUGGCCAUAGUGGAGUUUGGAGUGUGACUGUUUGAGGUUGUGGACAGGUGUCUUUUAUACUGAUAACAAGUUCAAACAGGUGCCAUUAAUAUAGGUAACGAGUGGAGGACAGAGGAGCCUCUUAAAGAAGAAGUUACAGGUCUGUGAGAGCCAGAAAUCUUGCUUGUUUGUAGGUGACCAAAUACUUAUUUUCCACCAUAAUUUGCAAAUAAAUUCAUUAAAAAUCCUAGAAUGUGAUUUUCUGGAUUUUUUUUCCUCAAUUUGUCUGUCAUAGUUGACGUGUACCUAUGAUGAAAAUUACAGGCCUCUCUCAUCUUUUUAAGUGGGAGAACUUGCACAAUUGGUGGCUGACUAAAUACUUCUUUUCCCCACUGUACCACAUAUUCUCAAUUGGAUUGAGGUCUGGGCUUUGACUAGGCCAUUCCAAGACAUUUAAAUGUUUCCCCUUAAACCACUCAAGUGUUGCUUUAGCAGUAUGCUUAGGGUCAUUGUCCUGCUGGAAGGUGAACCUCCGUCCCAGUGUCAAAUCUCUGGAAGACUGAAACAGGUUUCCCUCAAGAAUUUCCCUUUAUUUAGCGCCAUCCAUCAUUCCUUCAAUUCUGACCAGUUUCCCAGUCCCUGCCGAUGAAAAACAUCCCCACAGCAUGAUGCUGCCACCACCAUGCGUCACUGUGGGGAUGGUGUUCUCGGGGUGAUGAGAGGUGUUGGGUUUGCGCCAGACAUAGCGUUUUCCUUGAUGGCCAAAAAGCUAAAUUUCAGUCUCAUCUGACCAGAGUACCUUCUUCCAAAUGUUUGGGGAGUCUCCCACAUGCCUUUUGGCGAACACCAAACGUGUUUGCUUAUUUUUCUCUUUAAGCAAUGGCUCUUUUCUGGCCACUCUUCCGUAAAGCCCAGCUCUGUGGAGUGUACGGCUUAAAGUGGUCCUAUGGACAGAUUCUCCAAUCUCCGCUGUGGAGCUUUGCAGCUCCUUCAGGGUUAUCUUUGGUGUCUUUGUUGCCUCUCUGAUUAAUGCCCUCCUUGCCUGGUCUGUGAGUUUUGGUGGGCGGCCCUCUCUUGGCAGGUUUGUUGUGGUGCCAUAUUCUUUCAAUUUUUUUUAUAAUGGAUUUAAUGGUGCUCCGUGGGAUGUUCAAAGUUUCAGAUAUUUUUUUUAUAAUACAACCCUGAUCUGUACUUCUCCACAACUUUGUCCCUGACCUGUUUGGAGAGCUCCUUGGUCUUCAUGGUGCCGCUUGCUUGGUGAUGCCCCUUGCUUAGUGGUGUUGCAGACUCUGGGGCCUUUCAGAACAGGUGUAUAUAUACUGAGAUCAUGUGACAGAUCAUGUGACACUUAGAUUGCACACAGGUGGACUUUAUUUAACUCAUUAUGUGACUUCUGAAGGUAAUUGGUUGCACCAGAUCUUAUUUAGGGGCUUCAUAGCAAAGGGGGUGAAUACAUAUGCACGCACCACUUUUCCGUAAAUUAUUGUUUCGAAUUUUUUGAAACAAGUUAUUUUUUUCAUUUGACUUCACCAAUUUGGACUAUUUUGUGUAUGUCCAUUACAUGAAAUCCAAAUAAAAAUCCAUUUAAAUUACAGGUUGUAAUGCAACAAAAUAGGAAAAACGCCAAGGGGGAUGAAUACUUUGCAUGGCACUGUAUCUAGAUAAGACACUGGCCUCUUCUUUUGAUUUUUAUACACGUAUAUGUUCUUGUUUUUAUGUGCCAGUGUCUAUGGUAACAUUAGUGUAUUCAUGUGUGGGUAUGUCAUCGUGUGUGUACUGUACAGUAUGUUCAGACCUUUGGCACGCCAGACAGGCUUGAUCAAACGUUCAAAACUAGUAACUGAAUGUGUUGCGGCUCAAUGACUGAGGCCUCUCCCUCCCUGCUCUCCUUCCCUGCUCUCCCUCCCUGUUCUCCCUCCCUGUUCUCCUUCCCUGUUCUCCCUCCCUGCUCUCCCUCCCUGUUCUCCUUCCCUGUUCUCCUUCCCUGCUCUCCCUCCCUGUUCUCCUUCCCUGCUCUCCCUCCCUGUUCUCCCUCCCUGUUCUCCUUCCCUGUUCUCCUUCCCUGUUCUCCCUCCCUGUUCUCCUUCCCUGCUCUCCCUCCCUGUUCUCCCUCCCUGUUCUCCUUCCCUGUUCUCCUUCCCUGUUCUCCCUCCCUGUUCUCCCUCCCUGCUCUCCCUCCCUGUUCUCCUUCCCUGUUCUCCUUCCCUGCUCUCCCUCCCUGUUCUCAUUCCCUGUUCUCCCUCCCUGUUCUCCUUCUGUGUCUGCUCUCCCUCCCUGUUCUCCCUUACUGUUCUCCUUCCCUGUUCUCCUUCCCUGCGCUCCCUCCCUGCUCUCCCUCCCUGCUCUCCCUCCCUGUUCUCCCUCCCUGCUCUCCCUCCCUGUUCUCCCUCCCUGCUCUCCCUCCCUGUUUUCCCUCCCUGUUCUCCCUCCCUGUUCUCCUUUCCUGUUCUCCCUCCCUGCUCUCCUUCCCUGCUCUCCCUCCCUGUUCUCCUUCCCUGUUCUCCUUCCCUGCUCUCCCUCCCUGUUCUCAUUCCCUGUUCUCCCUCCCUGUUCUCCUUCCCUGUCUGCUCUCCCUCCCUGUUCUCACUCCCUGUUCUCCUUCCCUGUUCUCCUUCCCUGUUCUCCUUCCCUGUCUGCUCUCCCUCCCUGUUCUCCCUCCCUGUUCUCCUUCCCUGUUCUCCUUCCCUGCUCUCCCUCCCUGCUCUCCCUCCCUGUUCUCCUUCCCUGUUCUCCUUCCCUGUUCUCCUUCCCUGCUCUCCCUCCUUGUUCUCAUUCCCUGUUCUCCCUCCCUGUUCUCCUUCCCUGUCUGCUCUCCCUCCCUGUUCUCCCUCCCUGUUCUCCUUCCCUGUUCUCCUUCCCUGCUCUCCCUCCCUGCUCUCCCUCCCUGUUCUCCUUCCCUGUUCUCCCUCCCUGCUCUCCCUCCCUGUUCUCCCUCCCUGUUCUCCCUCCCUGUUCUCCCUCCCUGUUCUCCUUCCCUGUUCUCCCUCCCUGCUCUCCUUCCCUGUUCUCCCUCCCUGCUCUCCCUCCCUGUUCUCCCUCCCUGCUCUCCCUCCCUGUUCUCCUUCCCUGUUCUCCUUCCCUGUUCUCCCUCCCUGCUCUCCCUCCCUGUUCUCCUUCCCUGCUCUCCCUCCCUGUUCUCCUUCCCUGUUCUCCUUCCCUGCUCCCCCUCCCUGCUCUCCCUCCCUGUUCUCCAGGCCUAUAAGGAGCAGGAGCUGUUGCGCCUGGUCUACUUCGGUGGUGUUGACCCUUCGCUGCGUAAGGAGGUGUGGCCCUUCCUCCUGGGCCACUACCAGUUUGGCAUGUCUGAGGCUGACAGGAAAGAGGUUGGUGUCACCCUUGCCAUCCGAGGUCACCACCAAACCCCUUGAUCUCUGAACCCUGACCCUUGCUCUGUGACACUGUGCAGGUGGAUGAGCAGGUGCGGGCGUGCUACGAGCAGACCAUGAGCGAGUGGCUGGGCUGCGAGGCCAUCGUGCGUCAGCGGGAGAAGGAGCAGCACGCAGCGGCGCUGGCUAAAUGCUCGUCCGUCUCGGCCAGUGUGGAUAAUCCAAGCACUGUGCAGAGGAUGAUGCACCGUGACUCGAGCGUCAGCAAUGAGGUGACACACACACGCCCGCCUGCCCACGCGCACACAUAGUCUCGUGGCACACAGGAUACCCGGGAGACCAACGUGUUGUCUUGACCAACAUGUUAGAUCUCCAACGCCUCAAUAAUAUGAAACUACAAAGCAUAUCGUGUAAUGUUAAUUUGAGGCACCAAUAAUACACUGACUUUACGACAGUUACAUAUCAUUACAUACAGGCCUACAGUAAUACUUGUUCACAUUAGUAUUUUGUAUGGAUAGCAUUGUUCCAGGGUUUUAUUGACCUGUUUUCUCCCCAUACCAGUCCUCCCAGACCUGCAGCUCAGACAGACAGAGCCUGGCUCGCCUGCAGAGUGACUCCGACAGCAGUACCCAGGUACCCAUCUAGACAGAGAUCCUCUUAAAUAUAUAAAAUGUUAAACGCAUUCUAUAUGUAAUUCUAUGCCCCUCUACACAUAAUUAACAGUAAUUAAUUAUUUAUAAUUGAUGAACAAUAAGAAUAAUAACACAAACAGAGCUGAAUACAAACUCACUUGUAUACACAAAGGCUGCUUAGUCCCACAGGACUGAAAAUAGAACUAUAGGACAAUGUCCUGAGCUUACCCAUGGUGUACAAUGAUUUUGGUCCACCAAUCACUGUUCUAGUGGAAAUAUGUUGUAUUUUGGCUUCAAGUUCAAAAACGAAGAGCACCUCCAAAAGCUAAAAAUAGUUCCAUGACAGUUUUUGUCAUAUUCAUACCAAAAACACCUUUCAUAUUAUAACUGUACGAUUCCUAUUGUUCCAAAACUAUUAAAUUACUUUAGUCUUUUACAGUUAUAUGGAUAUUUCUAUAUUAUGUCUAAAGUUAUCUUUUGCUUUUUUGAACCAAUAUUAUUCAACCCCACACUCUCUCUCCUGCUAGUUCUUCACAUCCUCCCAUCCCUUCCCUUGGACUAGCCUGCUUCCCUUUGGCUUGUUCUUUCAGGUGUUUGAGUCUGUGGAGGAGGUGGACCAGAUAGAGACGGAGCCCAAGAGCGAGGAGGCCAAGCCGGUUCCCAAGAUCCCCAAUGGAGGAGGCCUGCCCAACGUGACCAGCUCCCCAGACUCGGGGCACCCCUCCUCUCGCAACUUCUCUGUCACCUCGGGCAUGUCAGACCGCUCUCUGAGCACAGAGGACAGCACUGUGCCUGACACCAACCCCAAAACCACCAUCAGUGCUCCUCCACAGCUGGCCCCAGCCCAACAGAUCCCAGUCAAAGCCCAUCAGGAAGAGUCGGAGGCAGAUUACCCAAAUGCCCAACCCCUGGCCCUGCAGGAGGAGGACCUCCAGGCCAAGGACCCGCCAGAUAAGGAGGAAAAAGAGAAGGAAAAGAGUGUGACUAAAGUGGCCCGAGAGACUGAGGGCACCGAGACAGAAGUGCCAGAGGUGGAAAUGGAAAUAAAUACAGAGACAGGGGAGGACAAGGCAGCAGACCCAGGUGAGCUAGAGAGCCUGAAAAUAGAGGAAAAGAAGACCUCCGUGACUCUAUCUAAUGAGAAAGAUGAGGUAAGGACCUCUGAAAAGGAGUUACCGAAAGCAGAAGUGGAUGCUGUGAAAGAAACAGUGGAGUCCAAAACAGAUGACUCCAAAACAAGGGAGGCUAAAGAGCCUGAGGCAGAAGUGAUGAAAAUGUUGGAUGGAGAGCCAACCAUGCAAGUACACACAGAGGAGAUGCAGUCACUGGAACCUGGGGAGUCAGGAGAAACAAGGGAGAACAAAGGACCAGAACCAGAGUCUGGAGAUCCAGAAGAGAAUAAGACAUCCCAAACAAACCAUAGAGAGCCAAAAAGGGAGAAUACAUUGAUAUCAACGGUGACUGCAGAAGCAACGGAGGACACGACAUCAGAACAGGAAGAUGAGCGAUUUUCAGAAACUGAGGCUGGAGAAACAAAGAGUGCUGAAACAACAGAAGUAAAGGAAACCGAUGAAACAACUAUUGAAAAGACAGAAACUGAGAAGGAAGUAGAAGCCAAUCAGACUUUAAAAUCUGAAGAGGUAGCCGAAACAAAGGUGUAUAAGACAGUGUCACUGGAAGAGGUUGCAGAGGCAAAAGUGGAGGAGAUAAAAAAGGCAGUGGGAAAAAGAGAGGAGGCCAUACUAUCUGAGGCCAAGCUGCCAGAGUCAGAGAAGAAUAAAAGCCCUGUUGCAGAGACCAGGGUGGCAAGAGCAAUGGAAGCACUGGGUAGCACCUCCAGGCACGAGGAGGCUCUGGCCACCACAGAAUCUGACGAGUCUCCUUCGGCCAUUGAGACAGAGGAGAUAUCCUCGGCUAAAAUCUCCAUGGCCCUACCAUGGGACAGGAAGGGCCUGUGUGAGAGCUCUGUGGUCGGGGCUGCUCUCUCUGAGGGCUCAGUUUACCAUCUGGAGCUCUGUUUGGAGGAGGAGGAGGAGGAGGAGGAGGAGGAGGAGAAGGGCAAGCCCAGCCCUGAGGGCACAGAGUCCAUCAUGUCUGAGGAGUCUGAGAUGGAGAGCCUCUUCCCCAAAUUUGACUUCCUGACUGUGGGAGGAGAGCUGAAAAUCUCUCCAGUGUCAUCCAUUGGAACCACAUACUCUGUAGGCACUUGGCAUUUCAUUUUAUAGAAUAUAUGUUUUGAAUAAUCGAGAUGUAUUUAGGUGUUUGGUUUUACAGCUACAAGUAAGUUAUUCUUUAACAUGUGUGUGGGGGUUUUGCACCUUUGUUGUAGCAGGAGCUUUUGGACAUGUACACGAUCAACCUGCACCGCAUUGAGAAGGAUGUCCAGCGAUGUGACAGAAACUACUGGUACUUUAGCCCUAACAACCUGGAGAAACUGCGCAACAUCAUGUGCAGGUAAAAUAAAAACAAUGCAAUUCAUGAUUCUCUACUCCUCUUUUGUAGAAAGGUUUGUAAAUAAUCUAGGACUCAUUAUGUUAUGUGUGGAGCGCAAUGAAUAAUUGGAAAAUUGGAAGAAUGAAUGAGUCACACUAUACAGUACAUGAUGCUGACUUCUCUUCGCAGCUAUAUCUGGCAGCACCUGGAAAUUGGCUAUGUGCAGGGCAUGUGUGACCUGCUGGCUCCCCUCCUUGUCAUUCUGGAUGAU